AUGAUCAUUGCACAUUGGAAAGCAGUAUUUAACUCCUCCCCUCUACUUUCUGUCUAUAAUCUGAUGCCUCUCUACUCCCCCAGGUUCUCACAGCGGCACCUCCCUGUUGCAAUUAGUAUUUCUGUGCACUGUUGGAAGGGUAUCUACUCCCCACUCCUUACACUUGAGAAAAAGCAGCUGUGUUGGCCCCCCUCGGCUAACCUCAGAUUUGCGCCACCAAUGACCCCACAUUUGGAAGAUACAAAAGAACUGAGAGUGAGUCUCCGCAAAAUUCGCUGCCGUGGAGUAAAAGAAAGAGGCGAUAACACUAAACUUGAUUAA